AUGGCUUCGGAGGUGGCUGUGGGGGGAGUGGCGGCCCCCUCAGCAACCAGCAGAAGGCCCGGAUGCGGCGUCGCGCACGGCACCUCCCCCGGCAUGCCGGCGCUGGAGGAGGUGGCCAGAACCAGGUCCCUCCCAUUGGAAAUACGCAGAACCCCUCCCGCGCAGAACCCAGUCACUCCCGCCGGCACGCAGAGCCCAGAUCUUCACGUCGGUGCGCAGACCAUCAAUCCCCCCAUCGGCAAUACGCAGAAUGCAGUCCCUCACACGCAGAACCCAGUCACUUCCACCAGCGAUACGCAGGACCCAGAUUCUCCCACUGGCACGCAGAACCCAGUCAUUCCCACCGGCAAUACGCAGAACCCAGAUCCUCCCGCUGGAAUACACAGAACACGAAACGCACACCCUCCAGCCACUAACAGGCUUCCUCCCCAGCCGGCAAUACGAGGAGCUCUGAUGCAUAUGGUGCCCUAUGUGACCGAAUGCCGAGUUUGUGAUGCGUACUAA